AUGGCCUCUCAGAGCCCGCACCGGCGGGUAGGCGCUUCUCAAGGCCCGCACUGGCGGGUUCUUGCCGCGUCUGCGCUUCUCGCGCUGCUCCUCUUCGCGCCGCCCGUUCCCGCUCGCGCCAUGGGCGGCGCCGAUCACGGCGGGGAUGAGGGUGGGGAUCACGAGACGCCGUCGCAAGGCAAAUUAACGUCGCGAGACGUGUCGAUCAGCAGCAAGCGCGCGCUGCGGAAGAAGCUGAAGAAAUUUGUGGAUCCGCUGCCCAUUCCCCCUGUUGUCAAUGCGGACCGGCUUUCGAAAGACUCCAGCGGCGCCGCUGCUCUCACCAUCACCGCGUUUAGCGUGAAACGGAAAUUUCACCGCGAUCUGCCCGUAACCCGCGCGUACGCGUUCGGGCUCACACGAAAGUCGGCCAGCGUGCCUGGACCUACGAUCGAGGCGCGCGUCGGAGCGCCACUGCACGUGACGUGGCAGAACAACAUCACUGAUCAGCAGCACAUCAUGCCCGUCGAUUACACGCUGAUGGCUCCUAAGCUCAAGAAGGGGGGCGUUCCUAUCACCGUCCAUCUGCACGGCGCGCAGGUCUCCAGCUCCUACGACGGCCACCCGGAGGCUUGGUACACGCACUUGGGAGAGAAAGGUCCCGAAUUCGAAUCCAGCCAGCACCAUUAUCCCAACAUGCAGCCGCCCAGCACCAUGUGGUACCACGACCACACCUUGGGAAUGACGCGGCUCAACAUUGUUGCAGGGCUCUUUGGAGCGUACAUUCUGUCCAAUCCGCGGAUGGAGAGAAAGUUUAACCUGCCCGUGGGCAGGUUUGACGUGCUGCUGCUGAUCCAGGACAAGUCGUUUCUGUGGAACGGGCACACGUUCAUGGAAGGGAAGGGUGUGACUAAGUCACAUCCUGAGUGGGUUCCUGAGUACUUCGGGAAUUUCAUGACCGUCAAUGGAAAGGUGACCCCCUUCAUGGCCGUUCAGCGUCGCAAGUACCGUUUCCGUCUCAUCAACGGCUGCAACGCCCGUUUCCUCGAACUCGCCCUCAGGGCCUCGGCCCCCGUUUCCGACAACCCCAGCAGCAGCAGCAGCAGCACCGCCAACAGCACCGGCAGCAUCACCUUCCCCUUCCUCCAAAUCGCCUCCGAAGCCGGCUAUCUCAACCACCCUGUGUUCCUCCGCAGAAUCACCCUUGCUCCGGGGGAACGCGCAUGUAUCGUUGUGGAUUUCAGUCAGCUGCCCGCAGGGGUGACAAUCCGGAUAAAAAACCGAGCUCCUGCACCGUAUCCCGGGGGUGAUUUACCCACGGGGGAUCUACAGUACGUCAUGCAGUUCAACGUGGAGGGUGACCCGGUUACAGACCCGUCUACAGUGCCGGGAAAGCUGAACUCUAUCCCGCUUCUCAACCUCAAAAAUAUUGCCAAGACAAGGGAAAUCACCCUUUCAGAAAUGGAAGACAAGGAGAGCGGCAAUCCUUUAAUGGGGAUGAUUGACAAGAAGCACUAUGACGAGAAAGUCGACAUUACGCCGACAUACGGCACCCGGGAACUAUGGUACUUGAUCAACCUAACGGAAGACACACACCCUAUCCACAUCCACUUCUCCCCACAUCGCAUCCUCUUCCGCCGGCCAUUCAGCAAGGAACGCUAUGAGGACAAGAAAUGCAGCAUUCCCGCCGGGACCUGUUACACGGGUCCGGCAAUUUCGCCCAGGCGGAACGAGAGGGGAAUGAAGGACACGACGAGGGCUCCUCCCGGGUAUGUGACUGCACUGGUGGUGGAUUUUUCCCCUUGGAUGGGGAAGGAACUGAGCUUUGAUCCGACUAAGGGGCCGGGUUACAUGAUCCAUUGCCACAUCUUGGAUCAUGAGGAUAAUGACAUGAUGCGUCCUUUCAAGAUUCUGCCAGCUAAGUAA